AUGGCGGCUACUGAACGUAAUGUGCAAGGGCACAAGCGAACACCAUGGCGGAACCUGGCAGUGGGCGCCUUCAUGAACGUCUUUCAAGUCACCACUUUGGGACAACCGAUGGAAGUUUUGAAGACUCACAACAGGUUGCGUGGACACUCAUUGAGAGAUGCAGUCAAGUUUACUUGGGGUAGAGGUGGAAUUGGUGCCUUUUAUCAAGGUCUAAUCCCUUGGGCGUGGUUUGAAGCAUUGACCAAAGGCUCCAUACUGUUCCUCACUUCGAAUGAAGUCGAUCACAUGUCCAGGACAUACUUGAAUGCUAGCCCAGUAUUGGCUGGAGUGUUGGGUGGGAUUAGUGGAGGUGCCGCCCAAGCUUACUUGACCAUGGGAUUAACCACGUGUAUGAAGACGAUAGAGGUGACACGACCCAAAGUAACUACACCUGGAGUGGCAGUUCCGGGUACACUGGAGAUAUUCGCAUCAAUUAUUCGAAAAGAGGGUAUUCGAGGAGUAAACCGCGGCGUAAAUGCCGUCGCAUUAAGGCAAAUCACGGGAUGGUCGUCGAGAAUCGGCAUCUCCAGACUCGCAGAGGGACCUAUUCGCUCAUUCAGUAGAAAAUCACCCGACACCAAGCUGAGCACUGCAGAAAAGAUAGUAGCCUCGACCGUUGGAGGAGCUUUGAGCUGCUGGAAUCAGCCGUUCGAGGUGGUGCGAGUCGAGAUGCAAUCACUCAAGCGUGACCCGUCCGUCGGUCAAGCACCUACCAUGGCCACGACUGCCAAGCACAUUUUCCAGUCUUCUGGUAUAAGUGGAUUCUUCCGUGGUGUCGUGCCACGCAUAGGUGUUGCUGCUUGGGCGACGAUUUGCAUGGUAGGGCUCGGUGAUACUGUAAAAGAGUAUGUUGCGACUGUCGGGCCAGGGCUAGCAACCGGCGAGAAGGCCACUAUCUAG